CUCUCUGUCUGCGCCUUGGUCUCUAGUAAUUGUCUAUAUAAACCAAAGCAAAGCAGGGUCAUGGGGCAUCGCUUUAAGCACAGAAAGCUCUCAUCUUUGAGAAGUAACUCUACAUUCAUUGCCCAAACCUCCAUCCAAUUCGGAUUCUCCACCCACUCAUACCCAUCAGUUUCUCUCUCUUCCUAUCCCUCCUCCCUCCUCAAUUCUUUGCCUUUCCAAGGGCCUGGCUUCGACAUUUAGGAAUCCAGAUCACAUAAGCUGUUUAAAAUUGCUUUUGAAGUCGCAUGGGGAUUUCCUUUUCAUGCCCAUUUGCUGCUUUUAACGAUUUAGAGAACGGUUUUGAAUCUGUUGUUUUGAAAUCGAUUAGCUUUCUGGAUGAUGAAGUGCAAACUCGGGUCCGACCCAUCAGCUUUAAGAGCAGGGACUCGGAACCUGCCAUAUUACAAUCAAAAACUUCUGGGAAUACGGUGACAGAAGAAUCAGUUAAUUUCAAAACAACAGAAACUGAAAAGAUAGCCUCGGAUGAAUCUCUUUCAACGAAAGAAGGGGCCAUACUCACCAAUUCUAGUGCCGUUCAGCACAGAGAGAUGGAUGAGCAAUCCCCAAGGUCGGAUGAUUCAACAGAGAAAACUGCCCAAUUGCCCAUUUUGGAUCCAAGCAACCCAAAACAUGAAGCGGCGAUAAAGUUGCAGAAAGUAUACAAAAGCUUUCGAACAAGAAGAAAGCUUGCAGAUUGUGCAGUUCUCGUUGAGCAGAGCUGGUGGAAGCUGUUAGAUUUUGCAGAACUGAAGCGAAGUUCUAUCUCUUUUUUUGACAUUGAGAAACAUGAAACUGCUAUCUCCCGCUGGUCAAGAGCAAGAACUAGAGCUGCUAAGGUUGGAAAAGGCUUGUCAAAAAACGGUAGUGCGCAAAAACUUGCUCUGCAGCAUUGGCUUGAAGCGAUUGAUCCACGGCAUCGUUAUGGACAUAAUCUUCAGUUAUACUAUGUCAAGUGGCUUCAAUCUCCAAGCAAAGAACCAUUUUUCUACUGGUUGGACAUAGGAGAAGGCAAGGAAGUUAAUCUUAUUGAAAAAUGUCCAAGGUCAAAACUUCAGCAGCAAUGCAUCAAGUAUCUUGGUCCGAUGGAGCGGAAGGCUUAUGAGGUUGUAGUGGAGGAUGGCAAGCUCCUAUGCAAGCAAUCUGGGGAGCUCCUUGACACCACCAAACCUCAGGGUGCAAAAUGGAUUUUUGUCCUCAGCACAUCUAGGACCCUCUAUGUUGGCCGGAAGAAGAAAGGCACGUUUCAGCAUUCCAGCUUUUUGGCCGGUGGAGCCACAUCUGCAGCUGGGAGAAUAGUUGUUGAAAAUGGCAUCUUAAAGGCAGUCUGGCCUCACAGUGGCCACUAUCGGCCUACGCCAGAAAACUUUCAGGACUUCAUCUCAUUCCUCAAGGGGAACAACGUGGACCUCACUGAUGUCAAGAUGGACCCAAUGGAAGACGAGAUUCAAGACGAGGAAGAAUCUCUUAGCAAACAGAGCAGUGUUGUCUUGAGAAGUGUCUCAUCUGAAGAAGACCUGACUGAAAAGGAUUGCUUGAAGACAGAGCAGAGGAAUGCUGAGCAUCAGAGGAGUUCAGGCGAAACUAAUUCAAGAGACGAGAUGGAUGCUGCUGCCACCACCGCAUCAGAAUCUCCUAAACCAAUGCCAUUUGUUAGUCUUCAAAGGACAUUAACCAAUCUUUUUAUACCCGGUAAGGGUGAUUCGUCUGAGAGAUUCGAAUUUGAGGAUCAAGCUGCCAAUGUCUUAGGAUCAAAAUCCUUGUUAGAAGAGUAUGUACCAGCUGAAGGUUCAUUUGCCUCUGAACCCAAUCAGAUGGUUUCCAACCAGGACUUGUCGGAUGAGGAAGAUGAUGAAAAGAAAGAAGAGGCUAUUCCCAAGGAAUCUAUUCUAAAAAGGAUCAAUUCACAUAAAGGUCAGAAUUCGUAUCAGUUGGGGAAGCAUCUCUCUCUCAAAUGGACUUCUGGAGCUGGCCCUCGAAUUGGCUGUGUGAGAGACUAUCCUUCUGAACUCCAAUUCCGCGCUUUAGAGAAAGUGAAGCUGUCUCCAAGAAGUGCUUGCCAUUUCAGACCAGUCUCCACUCGUGAGUCUAUACCGAAAAGUUUUAGUGGAGAGAUCUGCAUCAAAAAGACGAGUUUUAGUGGAGGCAGAUAGCAGUUCUCUCACUUGUAUGACAGAAGCUCAGAAAGUGGAGUAACCAAACCGUUGAUCAGCAGAUGGGUUAAAUUUAUCGAUUACUUUAUUCUUGUGUCAAUAGGAAAGAUGAUAUAGGAAUUCUUUCUCAUUCUUAUCUGUUUGAAUCAUUUGUACAUUCUUUUCACUUGUUCUUUAUUGUUCUUUGUUCAUCUUGUUCCAUACAAGAUGAGAAUGUACAGUUUUGCAGGUUUAGAACCUCUAUAAUUCGAAAGAAAGUAUUAUAUUUUCUUCUUAA